ACUAUAUUUGUCCACUUUAUUUUUGCACACCAUCCAAUGCACUUCUUUAAUCCAUUUUAUCUUGUAAUUUGUAUAUUAAAAAAUUAUAGAAAUGAAUUAUAUUUGUAAUGUGGAAUCAUUCGUCAGAAAACCAAAUAUGGCUUCUCCAUCACCAGAUCCUAUGGACGAUGGCAGCUUCAGAGCAAGAGUUCACAAAGUUUUCAGCUCGCUAUCUUCGUCACCGUUGCCAAUCUCGGCGGUGUCGAAGCCGCUGUGGUCUCUCACAGACGACGAGGUGGAGAAGCGAGAUUGGAAUCGAAGUAAAUCAAAACUCGGCCAAGACGACGACAACACCAUCUGUUCUUCGUCGUUCGAUGGUUUGUUCAAGCGAAAUCGCGGCGGUCGUCCAAAAGGGUUCGGUGACAUCGAUUGUGUCACUGGCGACGAAGACGGUGACAAGGAAGGGUUCGAUGACGACCUCGAAGAUCUCAGCGGCGAGGAAGACGGUGACCGUUCAGAUUUUCGGGAAAUCAGAUCUUCCGUAGGGUUGGAUUCAACUCUCGAUUAUGAGGAGGAAGAAGAUGAAUUUGACCGGUUUGCUGAGGGGAAUGGGAAGACCAGUAAUUGCUUCCGUAAAGAUCCUCGUGCAGAUCAACAUGCUGCUCAAAUUAGGUUGAGGGAGGAUGAUGUCGAGGCAUCAAAACACAAACCCAAUCAUCCUAAAACUGAGCCGAGUGGCGAAAACUGUGAGGGCACAUCAAUUUCCGUUGAUUGUUCUAAUGUGAAACCAAUAUUGAAAAGGAAAGACAAUUCUGAGGGGAAGUCCAGGAAACGAGUUAGAUUUGAUCCAAGUUUUGUGGAUGAAUCAGAUGAAUACCCACAAGCAAGACCACUGGUGUCUUUUGAGGUUUCUUCAAUGAGUUCAUCUGAUGGAAAUAAACCCAAGGUUCCUGAUCAUCUUAUCAAUCCUUCAAAAUACACCCGCUACAGUUUGGAUUCGUGUAGUGAGAUUGAUACCGUGUCCAACAAUCAAGCUUGUAAGUAUGUGCUUGAGGAGGUGAACAAGUGGACACAGAAUCGGAAAACAGAGGCUUCAUCCAAUGCACUUCCUCAAUCGAUAAGUUUUGUUCUUAAGAAAUCUAGCAGUUCUGUAGUAAUGGAGGAUGUUCGCGAAGAUGCUUCUAAAGUUAGUGGGAAUCAACAGAGCUUUCCCGUACCCAUUGCUGCUUGGGAGGAACUUGAAAGCGAAACAAUAGAAGGAGAUAGGGAAAUGGAGGAUGGAGAUGAUAAUGGUGUUUGUAAACCUGAUCGCCAUUACCGAAGCAAGUCAAGGUUGGAAAAUCAUUUCACUUAAAAGCUUCCUAAUGGUGUUCUCACAAUAUUAACGUCGUUUGGAAAAGAAUGCCGAGUCUACUUCAACUUGGGGAUGUUCCAAAUCUUCCAUGUUUCUCCUUUUGUAUGCAUUUGUGUGCUUACUUUGUGUUAAUAUCACUAUAUCAUGACAUGUGAUUUUAUAUUCUGGAUAUGUGAGGGGGCCUAUGGUUUUUU